AUGUCCUCCACACUUCCUAGAUCGAGACAGGUGCUCUACGACAACACAAGCCCUCGCAUUAAUUACGAGGGCGAUUGGUUUUACAGGGAUGGCUUUGCAUUAGUGGGAGAUCGGAAUUUACCAUACCUCGGGGGCCAACAUGGGACAAACGAAUCUGGAAGUUUGUCCUUUGCAUUCAGAGGAACGCGGAUAAUGGUGCAGGGAACCAAUACUCCGGCUCCUUCAGGCGGCGAUGGCCUUAGUUGGACGUGUAGUCUAGAUGGGCGGCCUUUCGAGACAACGAGAGGGACGAGGCAACUUCAUAGAUGGCCGCUCUGCACCUCACCCGUUGUGGCAAACGGGGACCAUGUCCUCACUAUCAACGUGACCAACACUUCAUCUCGUACGACCUUUUGGGUCGACGAAUUCACCAUUGACCCGUCAGUCGACGCUGUGCGUGAUUUGGGCGAAAUGGACGUUAUAUUCGACGAGAACGACCCAGCUGUGGAGUACCUGACAGGGGAGUGGGUGAGGGACCAGUCAAACUCAGUUCUCUCGACCGACGAGGGUGCGUCGGUGAGAAUCAGAUUCUCAGGAACUGCCGCUACAUGGGUCGGACGCGGCCUCGAUGGUUUUCCAAGGGGCAACUCUACUGGUUUUUACGCUGUUGAUAACCGAGAUGCGAUCCCCUUUACAAUACUCGAAAACCCUGCAGAAGCCGGAAGAAUAUUCAACGUAGAGUUGUUUGGAACAGGCCCGUUGCCCAAUGGCCAGCAUACCUUGGUUGUCACUUACCAAGGACCGGCAGCGCCCAUCACCUUCGACAAACUGUUGGUCGAAAACGGAGACCCUCUCAUCGCGCCAGCAUCCGUCCUACCCUCGAGCACGCAGCAACCUUCAAGCAGUACAAGCGAAGUGGCCACCCCGAUCACCACCUUGCCUGCCGAUAAUUUGGAGACCGACAGCGGCAGUUCGGGUACACCUGUCGGUGCCAUCGUUGGAGGCACCCUAGGCGGGCUUGCAAUCAUCGCAAUCACAUUUGUCUUAAUCUUCUACGUGUCAAAACGCAGGAGGAACCGUGACUCGGCAUUCUAUGGCGGAGCUAUGUUUUCCGGGCGUUCUCAGCCUGCUGGUUUACCCCCAGAAACAGCGCAAAUCACACCUUUCACCUACCCAACAAACCAGCCUCCACCAUCGAAUGGAUACUCAUCAACAAACCCCUCAUAUGGUGGGCCGAUGUCAUCUCAAACUAUCUACAUGAAAUCCCCUAGCGGGCCAAUUCCUGUUCAUCCUAGCCACCACCACCAGACUAGCACCGAUUGGUCAUCUUCUGGGAUGGGUUCUUCAGGAACAGGACCAGGGGACAUCACCUCGCCAACCUCCUUAACCAACACGCAGAACCAGAGCGUCGGAUCGUCUCAUGAACCACCGCCAGCCGCAGCCCCUCCUGGUGAUUCUAAAGCUCCUUUGGCUGAGGCAAGUACGUCGGGCCCUGCAGUUGUUCAUCAUCAGGACAGCGGGGUCCGUUUAAGGGCCAGUGACGUCGUCCACGUCCCCCCUUCCUAUUCCCCGUAA